AAAGUUCCUAUUCAACGUCUUCUCAUUGUUUUUUACCUUUUGUUAUUUGUUUUCUAACAAAGUUUGAAGUAACAUGAUUAGAGCCUAACUGACAAAGUUGUGCCGAUGCACCAUGAACAGUAAUUGAAGUGCACACGUUAAAAGUUUAAGACCUUCUUUUUUUAAAUUACAGUAGCCACUUUGUGUGGUUAGGCCUAAGCUUAGGCGUAGUUUUAGGCUUUGACCUUAGGCUUAGGCUCAGGCUUAGGCUUUGGUUAAGGCUUAGGCUGCGCAGAAAGUAUAUAUAAUCUCUACUCGGGUACAUGUAUGUAUGUUGAUUGAAACUUCAAUGACGUGCCUCUAACAUUUUCGAUAAUUGGUACUUGUGUUUCUGAGACAUAGAGCAUGAAAAUAUAAAUUCAAUCACUUUUGUGUUAGUUUCCUCCAACACCACCCCUGCCAAAAUGAACGAUGGGCUAGACUAUCCGGUAUACGAAAACUUCAAAAAUAUUGUCAGCGAGAUAGACGUUGUUCAAAAUUAUGCCUCCACUGCUGGGGUGAUCAUGAACAUUCCACAUAUUUUUAUACUAACCAGAAGCUCUAUGCGAACCUCCAGCACCAAUUCCCUAAUGAUCGGAAUCGCAAUCUGUGACAUUUUAUAUUUGUCGAUAUUAGCAGAGUUAUGGAUUCGGAAUGCAUAUUUCAGUGACUUUCUCUGUAUCAACGUGGGAUCCUACGCAUAUAUAGUGUCUGCAUGGAUCCUGGAAUGCCUUCGCGAUCUUAUUGAAAAAGCUUCCUUCUGGCUGGGAUUUAUGUUGGCAAUGACCCGAUAUAUAAUCAUGAAGUCCUCUGGAAGAGCUGACAAGCUUGCAAGACCAUCAUCAGGUUAUCUUAUUACAUUUAUCAUUUCUGUCAUCAGUGCAGCGCUGUCUGGGUGGUACUAUGGUAGGUACUAUUUAGAAAAAGACCAGAAUCUAUGGAUUAUGUGGGAUGAAUGUGCCGGGUAUCGACCAAAAGUGAAAGGCAUCAGAUACUUUCUGGUUAUGGAUGACGCGGCGAUUCAUAGUCGGUCCCAUACAAUCAUUAAUGCAAUUUCCAGAACACUUAUAAGCUUUCUCUACCCAAUCAUUGGUGUCUUGCUAAUGGUGGAGAUUCGUAGAUCAGCAAAGUUUGCGGCAAAAAAGCUGAAAAGCGAGAAGAGCGCGACGGAAAGAUACCACGCCAGCCGUAUGAUCCUUGUGAUGACAGUCAUGUACUUCCUGGCCAGUGCGCCCAUUGGAGCGCUAGACUUUAUUAACGUAUCCGAGAUAGUUACUGAAUCUUCCUUUCUACGUCUCAGCCUAGACCAUAGUGCCUACCUCAUGUCUGCUAUAUUUUGCUUGAAUUCGGCUUCACAUUGCAUUAUUAAUCUCUCAAUGUCUUCCGCUUACCGUAAUACUAUUAAGAUGAGUUGGAUGAGGUCACCAAAGAGCGUUAAGAUAUUCACGGUCACCAGGAUCAAGUCUAUCGGAUGA